UUAUGCUCUGGCCAAUAGUAGCAAAGCUCCAUUUUAGCUGUGCCAUAGCCUGCACUAAAAAAAAUAGAGCAGACCAGCGCUCUUUCAGCAUCUUUUCAGACAAGAGAUCUGCUGCAGUGAGCACAAUAAGAGGACUCUCCAAGCAUGGCAACCUUCAACACCAGUUACUGGAACGAGACUACGUCCCUUUACCAAUACCUUGGUUUUCAAGUGCAAAAGAUUUACCCUUUCCAUGAUAACUGGAACACUGCCUGCUUUAUUAUUCUGGUUAUAUUUAUCUUUACUGUAGUUUCUCUGGUGGCGUUGGCUUUCCUUUACGAGUUGCUUGACUGUUGCUGCUGUGUGAAAAAUAAAACCAUGAAAGACCUAGCGAACGAAUCCAACCCAGUUAGAACCAUGAUGGACAGCUUUAGAAAGAGAGAAACAGAAGUGGUGUAGUAAUGAUUGAUCACUAGAACUCACAGAAGAACCAACAAACAAAAUGAAGCCUCUUGCAUCUUAUGAGCAAGUCAUGUGCUUUUUGGGCCUUAAAAAUCAUUGUUAGCAACAAUUAUUUCACUUCUGGAUGUGAACUUGAAUGGCUAGCAAAAUCUUUAUGUGGAAAGAAAGAUUUUUGUUUUUAAAUGAACUUUUGUCAUCUAUAUUUGAUUACUAGAGUAAAUAUUUGUUCAUCUGAAUAAUUCACAAUGUUGCUUAAUUGGAGAAAUACAGAUCAAUCUGAUUGUCACCCUCA